UAGCUCACUCCAGAGACAUUACGGCUGUACUUACCAUUCAUAUUUUACUGUGUUGCCUGGAGUGGUUCACUUCUAAGUAGCUAUAGCCCUGGGGAGGCUGUGCAGAUGCUGAGAAGAUUCCAAGAAGCCUGCAUCGGGGGAAGAUGCACAGGGAAGGCAGCUGCGGAACCUUUCUUCGCUCCCCAUUGCGCUCCCACCCGGGCCUCUUUGGUGAUGGACACAGGCGUGAAGCCUUUAAACAUGGAGACCGCGGGCUCUGGACCUAGGGAAGCUUCUGCGCUGGAGGCUCCCACGGCCUCGAACGAUCGGCUCUUCCUGGUUAAAGGUGGAAUUUUCCUUGGUUCUGCUGCAGCAGCGGGAAUGCUAGCUGGAUUUCUUACAACAUUAUCAUUGGCUAAAAAGAAAAGUCCUGAGUGGUUCAAUAAGGGCACUGUGGCCACAGCUGCCUUACCGGAGAGUGGAUCCUCUCUUGCCCUGAGAGCCCUGGCCUGGGGCUCUCUUUAUGCCUGGUGUGGGGUCGGCGUGAUCAGCUAUGGAGUCUGCAAAGCUUUAGGAGUUCAUAGUAUGAAAGACUUUCGAAGUAAAAUGCAAUCUAUAUUUCCAACAAUUCCCAAGAACUCUGAAUCAGCUGUGGAGUGGGAGGAGGCAUUAAAAUCGAAAUGAGAUGGGCUUGGAUGAGUGCCAGAAUGCUGCAGGAAGGGUGGUGUGGAGACACCACAUCAGAGAGAGGACUGAGGCGGCUCCUCCAAGAGAUGCAUGCAGACAGUUGAUGAACACGGACCGCAUCCGAAGCCAUCUUUCUGUGUGUCUCUGUCUAGGGUGCAGGGAGGGGAUGUUUCCCCAAAGUUAAGACAACUAUGUAAAAACAGUAAUUAUUGGGCUAAGUUCCCCUUCUGGAAGGAUCCCAAAGGAAGUACUUCUGUUUGUAACAAUAAACUGUAUUUCAUACUUAAAAAAA